CAAAACAAACGAACCAAACGACCUCCUUUCUUCUACCUCUCUUUGUUUUCCAAUUUCCUUCAUUCUCAGCUCACAAGAAUUCAAAAUAUUUUUGUUCCCAAAAAGCCCCUCUCUUUCCACUCCAACGCCAAAUUCAAACUCAAAGAAUCAAAACAAUUCAAAAACAUGAUCGUCAGAACCUACGGCCGCCGCAAUCGAGGCUUAACAAGAACGUACUCCGACUCAGCAGAAGACGACGACAACGACGCCGUUUUAGACCAUUCAUUUAGAGAUUCCUUUUCUUUAUCACAGGAAAACAACAACCCAUCUCAAGAUUUGUACAGCUUACCCUUCUCAUCACAAGAAUCCUCCUCUUUUUGGCCGUCCAAUCACGACGAUCCGUACAGUUUCAGUCAAGAAAAUCAUAAUAAUUUCGCCUCAGCAAGCGGCGUCGUUUCGAGAAAAUCCAAGAAACCAAGAAAUGGCAAAUUUGAAAUACCCAAUUGUAAUAAUAAUUCAAAUUCGAAUUCGAAUUCUAGGGUUUUGGUUCCUGUGAGUUCUACGACUUUAAUGGAGGCGCAAGAGUUUGGGGAGAUGAUGGAGCAUGUUGAUGAGGUUAAUUUUGCACUUGAUGGGUUAAAGAAAGGUCAGCCUGUGAGGAUUAAGAGGGCUAGUUUGUUGUCUCUUUUGGAGAUUUGUAGCACUGUGCAGCAGAGGCGUCUGUUAAGGGCUCAGGGGUUGGCGAAGAUGAUAAUUGAUGCUAUUUUAGGUCUCAACUUUGAUGACUCACCUAGCAAUCUAGCUGCUGCAACUCUUUUCUACGUUUUGACGGGUGAUGGGCAAGAUGACCACCUUUUGGAAUCGCCAAGUUGCAUUCAGUUUCUGAUUAAAUUGUUGAAACCUGUUGUUUCUUCUGCUUCUGAAGACAAAAUCACAAAUAUAGGUAGUAAGCUUUUGGGGUUACGCAGAGAUUUAGACAUUUUAAGGGAUACGACUAAACUGGUAGAUUCCAGUUCUUCUUCCAUUGCUGCCAAAGUUCAGGAAAUUCUUGUUAGCUGCAAGGACAUGAAAUCAUGCUGUGAGGAUGAUACUGAAGUAAAGCGGCCAGAACUGAGCCCCAAAUGGAUUGCUUUGUUGACCAUGGAGAAAGCUUGCUUAUCCAAGAUCUCUUUUGAAGAUACAUCUGGCAUGGUAAGGAAGACAGGGGGCAAUUUCAAGGAGAAGUUGCGAGAGAUGGAUGGACUUGAUGCUGUUUUUGAGGCUGUCAUGAAUUGUCACUCAACUAUGGAGAGUUGGACUGGACAUGGUUCAUCUACCACUCACGAUGCAAAAGAUGACUCACACCUGCAGAGUCUGGUGAUACUUUUGAAGUGUUUAAAAAUCAUGGAAAAUGCUACAUUCCUAAGUAAAGAUAAUCAGAGCCAUUUGCUCGGAAUGAGAGGAAAUCUGGAUUCUUAUGGAUGCAGACGUUCAUUUACCAAACUUAUUAUGAGUGUCAUCAAGAUUCUAUCAGGUAUAUAUCUACUCAAAAGUUCCGCAACAGUCUCCGAUGAUGGGAAAUCUUGUGAUAUUUCUGAUGGCAGUCACCAUGCUUCUGAUUUGGCUUUAGUUGCAGCCGGCAGAGUGAAUAGCAAUGAAAUCAUUAACAUCAGUUCUUCGUCAAAUGUCUGUGGUUCAGAGAGGACCUUCUCUGAAAAGAGUUUUAAUAAAUCUCAGAAAUCCAUUUCCCCGAUUAGUGUUCCUUCUUCCAGUUCCGAUACCACAACUAUGUUAAUGAACAAUGCUUGCCAACUGAGGAUGCGGAUCCAUUCUUCAAUAUCUGGCUCGAGCAGUGGGACAAUAGGAUCUAGUUGUGCAACACCUUUAACUAGUAAUGGGCGGAGCACAAAAUUUGGGCUUCCAGAGAGGAAUAUUUCCGUAAAAAGUUCUGAGUAUGACCUUUUAGAGGAUAGCCUGGAUCCUUAUGCAUUUGAUGAAGGUGAGUUUCAGCCUUCAAAGUGGGAAUUACUAUCAGGAAAACAGACAAAAUCUAGAUCUCGAAAUCCUGAUGUAACCUCAAGAGUACGUGAAGAUGAAUAUCAGCAUCAACUGAUGAGCCAAGAAGAAUUAAGUAAUGGUGAAAACUGCCAACAAAAAUCAAAAAAUGUGGAGUGUCAUCCUUCACAGAUGAAUUCUAGUUCAAAUGCCUCGGAAAAAGAACUUCUCAGCCUAAUGGCAGACUGUCUCCUAACUGCAAUCAAGGUUCUAAUGAACUUGACGAAUGACAAUCCUAUUGGCUGUGAACAAAUCGCUAAUUGUGGAGGACUCGAGAUGAUGUCUUCUUUGAUUGCUGGCCACUUCCCGUCAUUCGGCUCAUCUUUAUCUUUCUUCAGCAAGAUCAAAGAGGAUGCCUCAAGCAUUGAACUUGAAAAUCAGAAUGAUAAUCAUCUCACUGAUCAAGAGUUGGAUUUCCUUGUGGCUAUAUUGGGCCUACUAGUGAACUUGGUUGAGAAGGAUGAGCAUAACAGGUCAAGGCUGGCAGCAACGACUGUUACGGUGCCGAGUUCAGAAGGGUCAGAUGAAGAAAGCGGCAGGGAUGUAAUUCCACUACUGUGCUCUAUAUUUCUGGCAAACCAAGGAGAAGUUGAUGCAGCGGGAGAAGGAAACAUGGUGUCAUGGAAUGACGAAGCAGCCUUGCUUCAAGGAGAGAAGGAAGCCGAAAAGAUGAUUGUCGAAGCUUAUGCAGCGCUCCUACUUGCAUUUCUUUCAACAGAAAGCAAGAGCACACGUGAUUCUAUUGCCGAUUAUCUUCCAAAUCACAGCCUAGCCAUUCUUGUUCCUGUUUUGGAGAGAUUUGUGGCAUUUCAUUUGACGUUAAACAUGAUUUCGCCGGAAACUCAUAAAGCUGUGAGUGAAGUAAUUGAAUCAUGCAGGAUUCCGUAAAAGCUCGCAACAAAAAGCUAAUUUUUAGUAAAUCUUCUCUCCCCUUCUUAUUAGAUGAGCUUCUGUUGUACACAACACAAUGCCCAUUAGAUUGCGGCAGCGUAGCCAUUAAAAAUGACCUGCCUGCAUUAUAGUCUGAAUGACCCUUUGUGCGUUUAUUCUUUCUUCCCUUGCCCUCCCCUGUAUGACAGUAUUCUUUUUAUACGGUGCUGGUCAAGACACGCUUGUAUACAAAAAUCGUAGUAAAAUCAGAUGCUGUUUCUUUGUGCUUUGUUAUGUAUGCAAUCUUCUUCUC